CUUCCUUGAUACUUCGCAACCCUCCAACUCUCCUUCCUCUCCAUACCAAGUAACGAAGUACCCUUACCACUACGUACUCGCUGCAUCAAAUCCUGGCUCCUGAUCUUCACUUCUCCUCCACCUUUCCUACUUGCCUGCCCGCCUGCAGGCCUGUCCAAGUCAUAACAGGCGCCAACCUCAUACACUCCGUCGCCUCCCCCCCAUCCUGUUUCGUGUGCUUUCACCUCGCCUCACCGUCUCUCUCCUCUCCCCUCCAGCCUCUGUUCCUCUCUCCCGCGCAAAGGCCCCCCUUUGUCCUUUCCAGCCAGGGCCCCGCCGCCCAAGCCGGCAAUCAGAGCGUCUCGUCUGAAAGAAUGCUCACAUCGAGCGUCACGGCGGCAUAAGCGAGCGGCCAAAGCUCACGUCACCACCAAUGGGUCGCUAACUGCAUAAGCCCACGCGUCACGGCAGCUCAUAUAUCCUGCUCGUCGCCGCCCGCUGUGGCUCCUCUCCCCUCGCCAUCCUUGCGAGUUCACGAGGGGCAGCCAAGGCGUCGUCUCAUCAAUGGGCAACUCCACGUCGUCCGAGGCGUCGCGCAAGGCGCCCCAGAAGCUCUCCAAGCCGCGACCACCAGGCCAUGUCUCAGCAACCGACUUCUUGAGCCCGAGCAGCCUGUCUGCUUCCAGCGGCGACCGAUACUGCGAGAGCUACCUCGCCGGAUCCCGUGUGCUCUCCGUCGAGGACUUUCCCUCCUAUACCCACGACCCUAUCGCGGCCCGCAAGGAUGCGUUCCGGACCUCUUCAGGUCAUCUGUCGAAUUCAACGCCAGGGCUCGGCGCAAUCGAUGUUGGCGAGUCGACGCAGGUACGGGACCCGCAGACGCAACAAAGAGGACGGAGCAGCGGUGUGUCUCGCUCCGACACAACCAGGCAGCCCGACCGGCCCAAGUCCAUGGUGGUUGACAGAAGCGCGGUGCAGCCCGUGGCUCGCGCUGCCAGCAGGCGACGACAUGUGCGAUCAAGCCCAGACCCUCUGCCGGCUGGGGCACAUUACCUGGAUCACUUGCAGCUUAUGGUCCUGCACAACGUUCAGUCGGCAGUUUCGGUCCCAACGUGUGAGUCGAUUGCCUCACAAGACCCCUCAUGUCAAUCCACUCGCCCGGAAGACCACGACAGCGGUGAAGUCCCGCGCCACGGGCAUGAAGCACUGCCGUCCAUACCAGUGCGUCGACGCUCGCUCAUUCAAACGCCGGGCCUCGCCACUCGCGUCGCUCGAGAGUCUCCGCGAGUCCUGACCAAGACGAAAAUUGAACGACGACACACAAUUAUUGAGACAGAGGCGCUCCAUGUGCCCACGCCACGUGUCGACAAGUAUCUCUCGUUGACUUCUCACCUACACGAUGGGGAGCCUGGAGAACGCGCCGUCACGCCAUGUGAAGCAGAUUACCAACAACUUGGGGGUAUGAAGUUUGGAACAUUGCGCAUCAUGAACGGCUCACCCGCCAUCAGCCCCGGUUCAGAACCCGUCGAAAAUGAGGAGACUUGCGAAAUCUAUUCAGAAGGAUCGUUUGGGCAAGCCCGUGUCAGCACUCUAGAACCUUCGUGGCCAUUGCGUGCACCUACGGCACCACCUGUACGCCAACAGCGAGACGACUCAGCUGAAACUCUAGAGGUGGGAAUUUCUCAGAUGCUUGGCUGCGCCGUGAAGACGGUCACACCCGCCACCGCUCUCACUUCUCACCCCAUCAAUGUCGCGCAUGUGUCCAAUUCAUGGCAAGCAGCGGAACAGUCAGAGCGCGAAUGGCAUGCCACGCCGUACUUUGCUAGCCAAGACCCAGAUGCGUUCACGCCGGACGGCACCGACGACUUGGACUACCUAUCGCCAGAGGUCUUCAAUGUGAGAUUGGAUCCCAACGCCAAGUCAAGCAGUACCUCCAAAUUACCUAUCCCGAGCAUGGACGAACGUCGCUCCGUGACUAGGUCGGAUAGCGGUUUCGUGUCAGCCUCUACCUCGUCGUCUUCCAGCUCUCGUGCGGCGGUCUCCAACGCCGACAGUGGUUAUAGUUCCAGUUUCUCAUUGCGGUCACUCCGUUCGAGCACGAAAAGUCAAGAUCGGGAAACAGCACAUGCUGUCAGCCCUGGCAGCCCUCACAAGGCCGGACCUAUGCGGUCCCUUACAGAGAGAUCUAAAAGGCCAAAUCUGAAGUCGUCUCGAGGUUCCUCGGAUCUUGUUGUGGCGCGAGACAAAACUCGUCGGCUAAUAAAGGCAGACAAGAACGGGAGUCUGCCCAAGUCGCCUCAUGCAGCUCAUGUUCGCUCAACAUCCCUGGAGGCAGCGACGACAUCAUCCGACGCCCGCCACGAGGCCAAGCAGCAUGUGUUGCGUAGAUUUGGCCAGCCGAGGAGGCAGAACGUCCAAACAGCCUACACAUCCCAUGACUUAUACGAUUCCAUCCCUGCGGUACCCUCGGACAUUCAGGAGAGUCUUCACGAACACAAUGGCCUCUUUCCAACGGCGUCGAAGCGCGUCGCUUUGCGGGUGGAGUCCAGUCAGGAGACUCUGAAGACUAUUGUGAGCAUGGACAGCCUGUGUGUCGGGGAGCAGACGGCGGCGGCAUCGAAAUCCACUUCUAAAGACUUGCCUGCUACGAACACGCAUAAUCAGCAAUCAAUUUCUCAGGUUGACCUUGGCCCAAAUCGCGCGGCAGGACAAUCCAUCAGGCGAAAGCCCGUCGGCUCAGGAGUACAGCACCACGCCGCAUCGACGACAUCCGGGAAAACCCAACCUCGUUACGGUCGUGAUGAUCCCGCGCACUUGCUCAGUAGCCGCGCAUCAGCGCCGGACCUACCCAGAACUGGUGCUCGGCCGUUGGUGACACCUAGGGACCGAACACAAAACGAUAAGAAGUCGCCACCCAUCUCUCUACGCUCUGGCACCUUCAGACCUUCUCUGCCACCACCUUCACACAAUUUGGGUCAUCCAAAGUCCACACCCUCCUUGUCGCAAGCCAACAGCCAGGACAGCCUGCGACGUCAUCGCAAAGAUCCGUCACAGUCACAGCCUGAAGGCCAGUCUCUCGCGGGGUCGUCGCACCACCAGACACGACAUAGUUAUUCAGGGACAAGACGGCCGCCUCCUCAAGUGUAUCGAGACUCGCUGCUGCGUCACCGGAGCGGCAGCGCACCCCGAUACGACGACAAUGGUCAACAAUACCGCAUCCUUCACAGCUACAAUUCCCCGGCAUACAAAAAUUCUCCCAUUUGGGGCUAGCCGCCCUCUUACCUUCACAUCGCAUUGCAUUUCAGAUACCACACACGGGUUGCGCAUUUUUGGAGCAAGGCUUUUUACAUAUACCCACUGCACGACACACGCCAUCCGACAUGCUCAACACAGUCUCUGUCGCUCCAGCCAGCGUACUGGGUGCUGUUGCUAUCUUCGCCUUCUUUUCUUGGAUUUUUCACAUGUACAUGGGAACACUGUGUUCGCGAGCCGGCACCCACAGGAGUGUAUAUACGGGAUCCUGCAUCACUUUGUUAUAUGGCUUCACGGCUUUGCGCCUUGCUCUUAUUCGACGGUCUUUGCUGGAUUUGUGGGCAAAUAUACCUUUUCUGGGCUUUGGGCGGUAGGGCGCAAGGUAUUGGGUGGAAAGAUGAAACAGGUCGCAAGGAUCAACGGGCAUGAGCCGUAGAUGAUUGCCAUUCAAAUUCAUACAGCGUCGUGUCAA